AUGAUUCCAGCUGCCCUUGAGGCAGGCAGAAUUAUUAUUACUCACCAGGAAGUAGAAGAGCUUGAUCAUGCUAUUACAAGAGCAGAUGGCGAGGCUAAAAGGAAAGGAAAAUCUACUGCUGCGACGGGGCAGGCCUUGAGCCAGCGCGCCUCAAAUUGCCCUUUUCGCUUUCAGAAAAUUUGGAUGGAACAUGAAGACUUCGUCAGAAUUGUGGCUUUGUCCUGUUCUGAAUGGGUCCCUGGACCGCCUAUCCUUGUUCUCACUUCUAAAUUGAAGCGGCUGAAGAGGGACUUAAAAUCCUGGGCGAGAUCUACCUUUCCCAACUUUGAUGAAGACCUAGAGUGUGUGAAGAAGACUCUGAACCAGAUUCAUGACCAGAUUGCAAGCGAAGGGAUGAAUGAUCAUCUAUUUGCUAUGGAAGCUGAUGCGAAGACGGGAUUAGUGAAAGCCUUGGAAAACCAUGAAAAAAUUUGGCCAGAAAAGGUGAGAAUCAGGUGGUUGAAAGCUGGUGACAAGAACUCAAAAUUUUUUCACCUUUCAGUCAAAAUGAGAAGAAGCAAAAACUCAAUCAGAGCUCUCAAGAAGCAGGAUGGGACCAUUGUGGAGGGGUAUAAUCAGAUAGGGGAAUAUAUUGUGGACUUUUACGAGAGGUUCCAUAGAGCCUCCACCACAAUGAAUCAUGAGGAUUUAUUGGAUAAUAUUCCAAAAAUUCUUAAUCAAAUGGAUUGCUAUAAGAUGGACUCUCUUCCUGGGAAUGAGGAAAUAAGGAGGGCAGUUUGGGAGCUCGACCUAGACAGCUCACCGGGCCCAGAUGGUUUCUCUGGUGCAUUCUUUCACAAAUGUUGGGAUAUGGUGGAAGUGGAGGUCUGCAAUGCUGUGAAACAGUUUUUCAGCAUUGGGUUCAUGCCAAAUGGGAUAAACAAUAAUUUUCUGGUGUUGAUUCCAAAGGUGGAUGGUGCAAAUACUCUUGAGAAAUUUCGGCCCCUUUGUAUGGGUAACUUUUUCUGCAAAAUCAUAUCCAAAGUCAUGGCGAUGCGCCUUGAGACUCUCCUCCCUCGUCUGAUCUCAAAAGAGUAG